AUGUCACUCGAUUCGGCACAACAGUUAGUAGACUUGAAAGGCGAAAGAAGAGUACUUAGCUCUAAAUUCACGAAAUUUGUUAUUUUUAUAAGCAAUGAGCAAAAUAAGGCAAAAUUUACUGAAAUUCGUUUGCGGGUACAGAAAAUCGAAGGCAUUUUAGAGAAAUUUGAAGAGGUCCAAUCUCAAAUUGACGCAUUAUCUAAUGACACAAAUUCCACUGAUUAUGAUUCUUUCGAAACAUCUUACUACAGUGAGUUGAGUUUUGCCCACGACUUGCUUAACAAUGAAAAUGCACGGGUAUUAAAUAAUGAACUACAAGCAAACGUCGUGCAUCAAAACUCUUCUUAUCAAAGUCAUAUUCGUUUGCCAACUAUCGAAUUAGCUACCUUUGAUGGUGCAUACGAUAAAUUAUUAGACUUUUUUAAUUCAUUAACAUCAAUGGUUCACGAUAAUCGAGAUCUCUCCGACUUACAAAAAUUGCAUUAUUUAAGAUCGUGUCCUAAAGGAGAGGCAAUGUCAAUUAUCUCUUCGCUAGAAUCUUCGGUAGAAAAUUACUCAAUCGCUUGGGAGUUGCUUAAAAAACGAUUUGAUAACAAACGUAUCAUAAUUCGAACUCAUGUAGACGCGUUAAUAGAAUAUCCAAAAUUGGGAAAAGAAUCUGCUCAAGAAUUGAAAAAAUUACUAGACCUCGUGCAAAUUCAUUUGCGAGCUUUAAAAUCAUUAAAUGAACCGGUAGAUUCGUAG